GAGCGCGUGCACAGGUGGAUGUUUUCUCAGGUAAAACAACAUCUAAGAUGCUGACGGACGAAAUGCGCUGCACAGUCUCUCCUGUUUAUGGUUCAUAAACGGCAGACUCUUAUAAACGUUAAUGGGACAUAUCACAGACAACCCCUGUUGCCAAAAUGAGAGUCUAUUCUCACCUAUGGCGGAUUUUGCACAUAUUCUUGGCGACGAUAAUAACGGCUGUCACGCAAGAGCUGACCAGUCAAGAGAUCUCUGAUGCCACCAAAACCUCCACCCCAAAUCCCAUGUUCCUUCCUGUCAGUUACCAGGUGUGGGAUGCUGACUACUUUCUAUUAAAAGAGGCAGGACAGGACAUUAUGCGCAAUUCCAGCAUGCAAAGCCACACACAGCCAUUUGUUGUGCUGAGAGCGGGAUGCCUCCCUGUGAUCAAUGCUACCUAUGGCCCACUCUCUACCAAAAGGGAGAUUCCCCUGGACUUAGUGCAGUCGGUGCAGUUAUUCCGCCCCUCACCGCCAGUGUUCACUCUCAACUGGAGAGUCCAGUGCUUCGUCCUGACCCGCUGGGUCUAUUCAUCUUCUCCCAAAGUACGGGUCCUCUUCUAUGUGGCUGGGAGAGACUGGGACAGAGGAGAGAAAGGAACUAAAGAUGAACUGCCAUGUGUGACUGUGUACGCAUUCUGGCAGACACAGGAGGUGCGUGGGUCCUGUGUUAUUGGAAAUGAGCAUGGAACCUGCAUGGCCGAGGUUGACCUUCCAGCGGGUUGGUUCAGCCCAGCUGAGGGCAGCUCCAGUCGAGAAAGACAAGGGCCAAGUCAGGGAAACUCGGUGGAGCUGUACUACCAGGCCCGACCCAGCGUCUAUGGCCCAUGCACUGGCAGUGGGGAGGAGGGCAAGAGGUGGGAUGUAGGGGGUGGAAAUCUUGGGCAGGCUGAGUACAUGCCCAUGAGCUCCAUGCAGAGAAUCGGGAGUGUGCGGCUCCUGCAGGUCAAACAGGGGGCCACACCUGUGUCUGUGCUCAGACUGGGUGAGGCUGUGGUUAUCCAGACCUCCUCUAAACCACUUAAGAAGACGGAUAUCGCCUCCUUUUAUGUUUACAUGAGGAUCUCAGCCAACCUGGACACCUUCUCUCUCAGGGCCAUGGUAAAAAAGGGUGUGUCCUUCCGUACAGCCACACCUAGCAACACGCUGCUUUGGGACAUCACCCUGGACACAGGCCCAGAUGGAAGUGUUGGAGUAAUCUGUCAGAGAAAGUCAAAUGCAACUGGGAAAAGAUUAAACAAACUCCAAGCCAUUCUACAGAUGGAUUUUGAAGUGGAGGAUGUCAGCAGUCAAUCAGAGAUUCAGGUGAUCAAGUGGGAGUUGAUGCUUCCUGAUGAUGUCAGAAUGAUGGGGGCAUCAGAGGGCACCAUGAGGAUCUUCACCACUCAGAGGGAUUUUGUAGGGCUGGCUCCUUUAGUUAUGGAUACAGAACUGUUGAACACUGCUGUGCUGACCGGUAAGAGGGUUACAGUAGGCAUAAGAACCGUUGCUGUGGAACAGGAUGGUUCUGUGACGGAUGUCUCUGACUUUGUGGACUGCAGCUCCACAGAUGAAGAUGUUCUCAAGGUAUCUGACAGAUGUGACUUUGUCUAUGUGAAUGGAAAAGAAACCCAGGGACGACUGCGGAUGCUGGUGAACUUCACCUACAGUUACCUGAGCUCCCAGCUGGAGAUGAAGGUGUGGUUUCCUCGUCUUCCUCUGGAUAUCGAGGUGUCUGAUACAGAACUAAGUCAAAUCAAGAGCUGGAGGAUCCCCAUCGUGUCCACUAAGAGCAAACCAGGAUGGAACAGUGAGGAAGACAGUAAGGGUAGGGGCUGUAUGCUGCAGUUUCAGCAUGCUCUGGUUCGAGUCCUGACCCACUUUGUGGCAGAGCAGUCACACCCUCAGGAGCCACAGGCCUUUUUCCUGAGCUCUGACUGGCAGGUGGAUGUGACCAAGCUUGUGCGUUACUUUCUGAAGGUGGACGACCCUAACAUUGCCCGUCUGCAGGCAGGCAGGGUGCUUUCAGGACAAGAUGUGGGCAUCACAUCAAUAAAGGUGCUUUCCCCUCUGUCAGAUGCUGUUCUGGCAGAAAAGACAGUGAAGGUUUUGGAUGAUAGAGUGACCAUCACUGAACUGGGGCUUCAGUUGGUCAGUGGCCUCACUCUCAGCCUUAAGCUCAGCACAGGGAGUAACCGAGUCAUUAGUGCUACUGCGACCACACAGGAAGUGCUCAACUAUCCCAAACAGGAGGCAGUGCUGAGCUCUUGGCUUCAAUUUAGUGAUGGCUCCCUCACCCCUCUGGAAAUUUAUGACCCUACUCACUACCGCCUGGUUAUGACAUCACUGGAUGAGGGCGUGAUCGCCGUAAAGGACUCAACUUUCACUGUUGUGGCAGAAGGUGAAGGCCAAGGAGCGCUGGUGAGAGCCGAGAUGACCAUUUGUGAGGUCUGUCAAAAAUCCAAGCGCAAAAGCACUUUAGCUGUGGGCAGUGGCAGCUUAACGGUGAAGUUCCAGACAAACAUUAGACGCACUGAAAACAGUAGCAUCAACAAUAAUGGCAUCAACAGCAAUACAAACACCACUGGAAGCAGCUCAGGCAGCACAGGACCAUUUGCUGGUGUCACAGGGACAGAUAUCAGUGGUGAACUUGGUGCUGAAGGAGAGGAAUUGGACACUAAGAAGAGGCUGCAGCAGCCAGAACAGUUUCCAAGCAGUAGUUCAGAGUCUGAGAAAGAGGAAAGUGCCUUGAUGAAGAUAACCACCACUACCAAGUCGACAACACGAGACUCAACUGCUGGCAGCAUUGCAAAUGAUUUGGGAAUGGGACGUGCUAAUGAUGCCUCGGCUGGAGUCAGUAAACCAGGGAACAUUUUAAACAGUGAAAAUGUCUUUAGUACGGGUAAAGCAGGUAGCGAUGGUGGCACUGGAAUUUCUUGGAAUAGUAAUGAGUUUCCUGAGGGUUCAAUGUUAAGCACUGGAAAAGCUUCUGGGAACUUAGUGAACUACAAUAACUACCCUCCACAAGUGGAAAUCCCCAAUCAGGAGGCAAAAAACAAUGACUAUGGAGAUGAGGAUGAUGGUAUUGAGGGGCCACUAUCAAAUCGGCCUCUUACAGACUUGGAAAUUGGGAUGUAUGCUUUAUUAGGUGUCUUCUGCUUGGCGAUCAUCGUAUUUAUGGUAAACUGUGUGUCAUACUUAGUUAAAUUUCGGCACAAGCAGACUCCCGCACAAGUUUCCGAGCACACUGGUCAUCGACAUGACUGGGUAUGGCUGGGAACUGAUGAUGAGCUAGUUAUGAAUGUCACUGGAAGCCCAUUAAAGCAGGAUGCUCACAACACUGCUGUAAUUGACAUUGGACCGAGUACAGAACCUUGUGGAACUCUCACUCAGAGGACCUCCUGCCAAGUGUCUUCAGUGUCAACUGACUCUAGUGUUGGGUGUGUAGGAACCCUUAGAGCAAAACCAGUCAGAAGUGAGUCCUUACACUCACCCACUAGUAAGAGGAAGAGGGUCCAGUUCACUACCUUCACGUCCUUGGAUCGACAAAAUUCUCCCAAAACAUUACCCCAAGAGAACUGUAAUGGCAUUAACUGGGUGGGCAAGGAUGACAAAUACACGGCACCUGAGGUGUCAGCUGCUGAGUCGUUGGAACUACUGUGAUUGCUGGCACAAAUGCAGCCUAAAUUAUGCACCCAUAGAAUACAUCUCUCUAAGGUUACCUGAAUGCCUUCUUUCUUCGGGAUAAAGUUGUUCUGUUGAUCUGUGCUACAGAGCACACAGGAUUAAGGUCAAGAUAAUCAGUACGACUUCAUGGUUCUCAUACGGUCAAGGUUGUAACUUAUUUUCUUUGUAGGUUUAGGCCUACAAAAUGUAAUCUGCCUAGAUUACUGAGCAUGUUAAAAGAGGGAGAACACACGUCUUUUUUUCCCCUUUUUUUCCCUUUUUAACAAUACCGCACACAAACCACCUUAAGGCGGAUGGCCAAGUCCACUUUUCUUCUUCCUUGAUGAGUUUUCAUUUGGGGAAUUUAACAAGAUUUCAAAAAAGAAAGAUUUAAAAGAAAAUUGUCAAUCUUUUUGGCUAAAACCAAACACUCGGAUUGCACACUAAGGAACUAUAAUUUUAAAUUUACUGUAAGAACACUGUAAGAAGUCACAAUCUUCUAUUUGUUUGUUACUUCAUCAUUCCAUGUUUUUAUACAAAAGCACAUGUGAUUACUGUAUAGAUAAAAGUUAACUUUGUUUAAAGAUAUUUUACCAACCUGCAUUUGUAUAUACAGUCCAAUUUUAAUUGUUUUCCAUUAAAAAGACAAAAUAUAAGGCCAUGUGUUUAUUAGUUUGUGCUGUGAUGCAGAAACCAUUAGAUUUCAUUUGAUUAGAAAUGAAUGGCGGAUUUCUAUCUUUUAUAAUCUUUAAUCUUUCAAUAUUUAAAUUGCAUAAAGCAAUAUUGGCAUGACAGGCUUUCAUAUUGGUAAAAGCUCUUGAGGUAAAAACGUGGAGACAAGUGAAAAUGGAUAGCACUUUUUACAGACAUACGCAGUGCAUUAACAUUUACAUUUCAGUUCAACGAGGUGUUAUUAUAAGGCUUUGUGUUUUGCACUAUGGUAGAGAUUAUGAUCUUGAUGACUCGUCAGUUCCCAAAUCGCCCCUAUUUAGGAUUAAAACGGUGACUUUUGUGUUAGAAUCACUUACUGUAACUGUUAGAACACCACCACCACUGUUUAUGUGACUAUGCUUUGAAAAGUAAACCUUUAGAAAUUCAGCUUUCAGCUUUUUUUUUU